AUGUUUGACAUCUCAGCAGGGAUGUGCCAGGAGGAAUGUAAGGAGGGAGGUGUCCUCUGCAAAAACACCAAACGAUUCAACCACGGAAAGUCCGCGUGUGCUGGCUCUCAAUCAGGUCGUAGUGAGUGCACGGUGGAUGAAAGUUAUCACGAGAACUACCUCUCCUUCACUCAGACGAACGUCAAGUCGCUAACGAUAGGCAAGGAUGGGGUCAUCGAGGAGGGCCUACAGAAAUAUUUUUGCAAAGAAAAGUUCGGGAACAUGUACAAAGUCGAGUCGACUGCCGAUAAUGGGUGCUUUCCUCGGUUCCUGUGCAUGCAUGUGCAGAACUCAACCAACUCAUUAUCAGUUCAAUUCCGUAAGUUGAUUGUUGCUGAGUUGGUGUCAGUGAGUGUGGCGGUAAAUAAUGGUAGGGACGACAUUACAGUUGGAAACUGCAAGAUGCAACAGAGUUACCAUCAGCACCAACAUGAUAAACAACUUCCUUACUAUUCGCACGUCAACCAGUUAUCAAAGCACUGGAGUAACAUCGAAGGAGGAUCCACGUUAACUUACAUUCGUUAG